AUGUCUUCAGCAUCCUCUAGUAAAGCAAAACCCCCAACAGAAGAGGAGAUAGUAGAAGGUUUCAAUCGGUUGCGUUACGAACAGCGCUCUAUCGGGAGCAAAAUUAAUGAUCUAGAACUUGAUCAAAGGGAACACAAUAUGGUCAUUAAAGUGUUACAGUCAGUGGAGCCUACUCGUAAAUGCAUGAGAAUGAUAGACAAUGUAUUAAUUGAACGUCAAGUGAAGGACAUCCUUCCGGCUCUUGAAGAUAGUGUAAAAAAAAUGUCUGAAUGUAUCGAAACAUUGUCAAAGCAGUUUGAGGAAAAAGGUCGAGAACUUCAAAGAUACAAGGCUGAGCAUAAAAUAAGAAUUGCUGGUGAAAAAGACUCUACAGGUUCAGAGAAAAAAGAUAAUAUAUCUUCGUCAUCGACUUCGGGUGUGUUAGUAUCCUGA